CUGAAGAGUCACACACUGGCUGCCAUAUUGGAGGCACCAAGGACGGGCAGGAUGUGGGACUUGGUGGAGGGGGUCCUGCUCACACAACUGCAGCCUGCCUGAAUGUUGGGGGAUCUCUAGGAUAAACCGCAGGUACGGACUGUGGAUUUGGAGCAGCUUCACCCCAAGAGCGACAGUGGCCUUAGAAGUAUUUCCAUCAGAAAACGCUGUCUCGCUUCAAAGAGCCUUCUCAUUCUUGACCGUAGGCGACUUCUAGGAUUCUCCACUGUCCCCAGCGGCUGCACCCCGCAUCUCCAGAGCCGCCCCCUGUCCUGGGCUGCAGCCUGGCCGCCAUGACCUACACACCAGUGGAGGAAUCCCUUUUCCAAAUCAUCCACUGCUACCAUCAGUACGCAGCCCGGGAGGGCGACGCGGAGACCCUGUCCCUGGAGGAGCUGAAGGCGCUGCUCACGGACACCGUGCCCCGCUUCAUGGAGGGCCUGGGGCGGAAGGAGCCCUACUACCUCACGGAGUUGUUCCGGGUGGCGGACAAGAACAAGGACAACCAGAUCUGCUUUGACGAGUUCCUCUACAUCCUGGGCAAGCUCAUGAAGGACUACCACCUGCAGUACCACCGGCAGCUGUGUGCCCACUACUGUGCCCAGCACAGCCUCCAUUAGAGGCAGCGUGGGCAGCCCCGCCCACAGGGCCUGCCCCGACCAGCAGGUGUGACCUGGCUAUGGCAGCUCAUGCCGUGUGUGGUUGGGUGAGCCCACAUGUGUGUGCCCACGUGCGUACGUGUCUGUGCAAAGGAUGGCUGUGAGGGAAGAAAAUAAAGCAACUUCACACAUG